AUCCACAAUUUGCUGAUAUCAUAUCUUGUGUAUCAAACGGUUUUAAAGUUACUAAUUCAAAUAUACUCUUGGUGCGAGAGCAAAAUUUCUUCCCUUGCCUCUUAGUAAAAAUAGCUUUCCCCUAGCAAUUAUUCAGAAAAUCGCAGUCAACAAUAGCAAAACUAAGAGAUUUGACGUGUCACCAAAACUCUCAUAACCUCGCUGUGCACGGUCCAUUGGUCCAACACUUGCAUGUGCAACCACCUACAGGAAAUGAUAUAAAUGUGCAUCACAUUCUCUUUUUAUAAUCUCACCGUCGCUUUAAGUUGAAUCUACCAUGCAGCUUCUCAUUAUUCAUUGAUCUUAAGUACAUUCACACCUUCAACUUCUCAAGAACAAGAAAAUGGCCGUCUCUUUGUCAAAGUUGAGCUCUUCUUUAACAGUAAGACACGGGUACGAUACGUUUCCAUCACCAUCCCCUUCUUCAUUCAAGCCAAGACCCAAUUCCUCUACUGUUUCCGGUACCAAUUUGCUCUAUCAAGGCAUUAACGUUACACAAAAUCCGUUACAAAAAGUGUCGGCAGUUACCGAAGAUAACAGCUUAAAAUCGGCUAUUAUCGAGCUCGGGGAAGAAGAAGAUCAAACUUCAGAUAUUAGUACAAUUGAGAAACAAGAAAAACAACUGCGAGAUCGUUGGGAGGAGAUUCAUGGUCAAGAUGAUUGGGUCGGAUUACUUGAUCCAAUGGAUUCAAUUUUACGGUCAGAGUUAAUAAGGUACGGAGAAAUGGCUCAAGCUUGCUACGAUGCUUUUGAUUACGAUCCAUAUUCGAAAUACUGUGGUAGUUGUAGAUAUAUACGUCGCAAAUUCUUCGACUGUCUAGGCUUAGCAGACCGUGGAUAUGACGUGACGCGGUAUCUUUAUGCAACAACUAAUAUCAAUCUUCCGAAUUUCUUCAAGAAAUCAAGAUGGUCUAAGAUAUGGAGUAGAAAUGCGAACUGGAUGGGGUAUGUAGCUGUAUCCAACGAUGAAACAUCCAACCGUUUAGGACGUCGUGAUAUAACAAUUGCUUGGAGGGGUACGGUGACACGGCUAGAAUGGAUAGCCGAUUUGAUGGACUUCUUACGGUCCGUCAAAUCAGAUAAAAUUCCGUGUCCGGAUCCAAUGGUUAAAGUUGAAUCAGGAUUCUUAGAUGUUUACACUGAUAAAGAAGAGAAUUGUAGGUUUUGCAAGUACUCAGCAAGAGAACAAAUCUUGACUGAAAUCAGAAGGUUAAUAAAAAUGUAUCCAGGUGAAGAACUGAGUAUCUCUAUCACAGGGCACAGUUUAGGUGCAGCCUUGGCGGUUUUAAGUGCGUAUGACAUAGCUGAAACCGGUGUCAAUGUGACUGACACCGGAAAAGCCGUCCCCGUGUCUGUUUUUUCAUUUUCUGGACCUAGAGUUGGAAAUAAGAGAUUUAAAGAAAGGUUAGAAGGGUUAGGAGUUAAAGUGUUGAGAGUUGUAAACAUUCACGAUACCGUACCCAAAGUACCCGGUAUAUUUUUUAACGAAAAAGUGCCGCCACUUGUUCAAAAGCUUGCCGAGGGACUUCCAUGGAAUUAUUCGCAUGUGGGAGUCGAGCUUCUUCUUGAUCAUAAGAACUCUCCAUUCUUGGAAGAUACUAAUGAUCCUUCUUGUUUUCAUAAUUUGGAAGCUCACUUGCAUCUGCUGGACGGGUACCAUGGAAAGGGAAAGAGAUUUGUACUUGCAGGUGGAAGAGAUCCAGCUUUGGUAAACAAGGCCUCGGAUUUUCUCAAAGAUCAUUACUUGGUUCCACCUCAUUGGAGGCAAGAUGAAAACAAAGGGAUGGUGAGGAGUCAUGACGGCCGUUGGGUUCAACAAGAUAGACCAAACCACGAAGAUCAUCCACCUGAAACACCACAACAUCUCAAAGAACUAGGUUUAACCCCGUCUUCUACCAGUGAUCAAUAGUUGUUCUGUAGGACAUAAACUCGGGCUUUUUAAAUCAUAUAUUCUGGUACCAAUAGGAAUGAUUGAUUCAGAUAAAGUACUAUCCAUAUAUAUGUAUAAAAUAAUCGUGUGAUUAGUCAUGAAAGCUGCUAUGAACGUUUUUCUUCUUCGGCCUUUUAGUAGUUGCUUCCUCAUAUUCAUCAAAUGGUUUGUUUUAUGGGGCAGAAUUGAUGAAGGUCGGAAGAUAUGCAAUGUUCCGGCUAAAGAGGGAGUUUGAGAACAUAUUUUAAGAGACAAAUACUAAGCAAUUUUUCUA